AUGCUCACCCCUACCAUCAGAGAUAACGAGGAACUCGAGAAAGGAAAACAGAUCGAUGAGCUCUUUAAAGCCAUUGAAGAGUCGAGGUUCUUUAUCAUUGUUUUCUCCAAAAACUAUGCAUCUUCGUCUUGGUGCUUGAAGGAGGUUACGAAGAUUAUGGAGUGCCAGGAUGAGAAAGAACAGAUUGCUUACCCGCUCUUUUAUGAUGUGGAGCCCAGCGACAUCCGGUAUCAAACCGGGCCAGUUGGAAGGGUCAUCUUCAAACAUAAGACUAACGAACAGAUUAAGAAAUGGGAAAACGCUCUGGAAAGUGCAAGCAAUCUGGUUGGGUGGAAUCUUAAAAACAUUUCUAAUGGCUCCUUAAGCCCUUCUCCUCUGUUUUCCCCUGUUUCAACAACAGCAAAAAAUCACAAUUUCCCUCAACUUAGCCUUAAAAACACAGCAGCAUAUAUUGAUCUUCUUAUUUCAAACAUUCUAUACACGCAUGAAGCUGAAGCCAUCAAGAUAAUUGUUGAAAUUUUUUCACUCAAGCUACAUUCCCAUCAUUUGAUUAAUGAUGAAAAUCUUAUAGGCAUGGAACACCGGAUGCAAGAUCUAGAGUGGUCUUUGAUGAUAGGUUUGAACGAUAAAGCGCGCAUGAUAGGGAUCAAGGGUAUGGGAGGCAUUGGGAAGACAACUUUGGCCAGAGCUAUUUUUAAUAAAGUAUCUUCCCAUUUUGAAGGCGAGGAUGUAAGGGAAGUUUCAGAAAAGAAGGGUUUGCAGUCAUUGCAAGAAAAGGUUCUUUUAGAUGUUCUAAACGAUGAACACAUGCGCGUAGGAAGUGUUUACGAUGGGAAAAAAAUUAUGAAAAUGAGGCUACCCUAUAUAAAAAUUCUUCUUGUUCUAGAUGAUGUCGAUAAUGCAAAGCAACUUGAGGCAUUAGCUGGUGAUUGGUUUAAGGACGGAAGUAGAAUUAUCAUUACAACAAGAGACGAGAAAGUGUUGCUAGCACAUGGAGUGAAGGUGAAUUGGAUUCAUGAUGUCGGUUUAUUGUCAGAUAAGGAAGCAGUUAGCCUCUUUGUUAGGUGUGCAUUUAAUGGAUAUAAUAUUCCCGAUCAAUGGUGUAUAGAUCUUUCAGUGAAAUUAGUAUGUUAUGCUGCUGGUCUUCCCUUAACGAUCAAAGUUUUGGGUUCACUUCUUCGUGGUGAAGACGUGAUUGUAUGUAGAGAUGUACUAAAAAGACUAGAAACAAUUCCAAAUUGGGAAACUCUAGAAGUAUUGGAAAUAAGCUAUGACGGACUAGAGGAUGAUCAUAAGGAAAUAUUCCUACAUGUUGCAUGCUUCAUGACAGGGUUAGAUAAAGAUACAGCAAUUGAAAUGCUUGAUAGUUGUGGUUUUAGUGCCGCAUAUGGUUUAAAAAUUCUUGAGCAAAAAUCUCUCAUAACAAUUUUAAAUGAUGAAUUAGGCAUGCAUGAUAAAAUAGAAGAAUUGGGCAAGAAUAUUGUUCGGCGAUCGCACCCACAUGAGCCCAACAAACAUAGCCGACUCUGGAUUCCCGAGGAAAUUGAAGAAUUAUUCUCUGGUGAUUCGGGUACUGAAGCGCCAACAUGUAUAGGAAUGGAGUUGGAUGCGGAGGAACUGCCUCCUGAAAUUAUCAGGAAAGGACUUGGAAAUCUGAACAAGCUUAGAUAUCUUAAUGUUAUUGGGGGUUUUGGUGUCUGUUUGCCUAGUGACUGGACGUUUGAUCAAACAAAACAGUACGUUCCAAAUUCGUUACAGUUUCUGGGUUGGAAUGGUUACCCUGGUUUAUCUUUACCCCAAACAUUUCGAGCAAAUAAUCUUGUUGGACUUGAAUUGCCUAGAAGCAGAAUCGUGCAACUUUGGGAAAGGGGAGAAAGAAAGGUGCUUAAGAAGCUCAGAUUCCUUGAUCUUUCCGAUUCAAUGUUGAGGACUCUCGACCUUGGGAUGACUCCAAAUCUUGAGAGUUUAGAUCUCAGUGGAUGUGAUGAUUUGACAGAACUUCAUGUCCCGGCUGGAUGCCAACAAAGGCUUGUCCACUUAGAUUUAGUUGGUUGCUCAAGGUUUACAUCUUUCUUGUUUAUCAAACGAUUGGAAUCACUUGAGCUUUUUAGUUUUCCUAAGUUAUCUGUGCAUGUGGAGUGCUUGGAGGAACUCCCAAGAGACUCCAGAAACAAUCUGCCAAUGCUACAAUUUAAAUUUAAUUAUUUUAAAGAAGAAGAAGAACCCUCGUCAACUGGAAGUGGUUUCAAGUGUGUCUAUCUAGAUCUCAAACCUUGCACAAAACUUGAGAGUGUUUCGGGAAGCAUUUGUGGUUUACAACAUCUAAGACGCCUUAGAUUCUAUGGCUGUAUUCCAGAGGUGCCCAAUGACCUUGACGUGUUGAAAUGCUUAGAAAAGCUCACUUUGUCGUCUACACACAUCAAAUGUCUUCCGGAUAGCGUUUGUAUGUUGAAACGUCUAAAAUCUCUCAGACUUAGAGAUUGCAUGCAUCUUGAGGAGUUACCGGAGAAUCUUGGUUGUUUAGAAAGUUUAGAGAAGCUGAGUUUGUUGUCUACAAGUAUUAGACGUCUUCCGGAUAGCAUAUGUAUGUUGAAUAGACUGAAAAUUCUCCGACUUCAAUCUUGUUUGCUUCUGGAGGAGGUACCCAAAGAUCUUGGCCGAUUAGCAUGUUUAGAGAAACUAAACUUGAUAUCUGCAUCUAUUAAAUAUCUUCCAGACAGCAUAUGCAUGUUGAAGCAGUUGGAAUCUUCUGCUACAUAA